CUUGUGUCUAACGCGUCGCACCUGCUGCAUAUCAUCAGCCGUGAUAUAGGCAGCGGCCGCACAUAAACGGGCAGCGCGAAAUAAAUCGCCUCGAUGGGCAGCGGGACCUCCUCGGCGCAUUUGACACGAGAGGAAUGCAAGCAGCUUGUGCCCGAGGACAAAUGGGACGAGAACUGGGACGAGUUCUACUUCGCGGAUGGUAAAACCGUCUCGACCGAGAUCGCCGAGCGCGUCUGGGCCAAAUCCGAGCGGUGGGAGGCGUACGUAGCGGCCGGGCACGCGCCCGCGGAGCCGAAGGAUGGCGGUGUGGAGGAGCGCGACGGUUCGAAGGCGGAGGACGCGCCGGUCGAACGCGUCGUCGACGCCCGCGAAUCAUCGAACGGUGCGGCACGCGGCCGGACCAGAGCUGAUGCGGACGCGACGGACGCGCGCGUGAGACGCGGCAGCGCCAGAGGAAAUGCAGCGGCGGACGCGACGACAGACGCGCGCGUGAGAAGAACGAAGGCGCUGUGGCAGAAAGGUGUUGCGAAGAUCGGAUGGAUUACGCACGCGAGAGCGCGGGCGGCGGCGCUCGAGCGCGCUCGAUUGGCGGGCAUUUCGGAGCAGCUCUACGAGAAGCUGCACGGCGUCGACCGCUCCGGCGUGGCGGAGGCGCUGGACUUUUCGGCCAUAAUUGCGGAGAAGCGCGGGCAGCACCUGCCCGGCACGCGCGAGUGGGUGUUUGAUGCAGUAGAAAAGUGGCGCGUCGACCCGGACGCGGCGCAGCUGUUUUGGUUGGUAGGCGGCGGCGGCACGGGCAAGAGCGUCGCCGCGGCCGAGCUACUGGCGCGACUGCUCGAUAAACAAAACGCAGCCGCGUGGCACUUCUGUAAGCACACCGAGCCAGCGCGGUCGGCGCCAGCGGCGCUGUUGCGGUCUUUAGCGGGCAUGCUUUGCGCGACGGUCGUUGGGUUUGAGGAGGCGCUGCGCGAGGGCGGUGGCGGCGACAACACGACGGAUAAGGUCGACGAGCUCUUCCAGGGGCUGAUCGUUGAGCCGCUGGAACGCGUCGAGGAGACACGCGAUGCGGACGACGCUCUCGUGUUAAUCAUAGACGCGCUUGACGAGCUGCCGCGCGAUGCUUUGCAGCCCGUACUCUCGCUGCUCGCGAAUGAACUGAAGACGUUGCCAAGUUGGAUCAAGCUCGUCGUGACGAGUCGUGACGAAGCUCAAAUUAAAGCGAGACUCUCGUGCUUCGCGCCGUCGGAGCUGCGCGUCGACGAGGCACGGAACCGACAGGACGUGAGGGCGUACCUGACGGUGCUCGCGAAGGAACACAUUGAGCUCGAGGUAACGAUGGAGUCGCUGCGGCGCGAGGUCGAGGCAAAGUUCCCGGGCUUGAAGAAUCUCGACACGUUCGCCGACCUCGAGGACCCGCUGCGCCGGUCGAAGGGCGCGUACGACGAGGCGGUCCGUGGCGUCGCCGGGAUCCACGAUCUCGAGAAGUAUGAGGAGCGACGUCUCGACUUGAUACAAGACGAGACCGACUUCGAGAAGCUCUACGCCGACGCAGCUCUGGCGCAGACGAUCUUGAUCGACGCGCUGAAGACGCUCCCUGGCGACAUUUCGGAUCCGGGCGUGAAAGGGCGUGGAUCCGCGGAGCGUAAGCUCACGGACAAGUACACCGACGAGAAUGGUGUGCCACAUCCCGAGAAAUUCCGGGACCUUGCGCGUGCGACGGUUCUGUUCGAGAGCGCUACUGACCUUCUGAAGGUGCUGACUGAAUUGGACGGCGGCGGCCUCGGGCUGGAGAUUGCUCAAUUGAAAAACAAAUUCGCGAGCCCGACGCCGCUCGGCUACCGCGAUAUGAAUUUGAACAUCAGCGUGCGCCUCGACGACGGCCGAAAACAUCUCGCCGAGGUCCAGCUGAAUCUCAAGAGCGUCGCGGACGCCAAGCACAUCGCCCACGAGCAGUAUGAGGUGAUUCGGCUGGCGCUACCGAAGAUGUGCGAGGGCACGAGCGUCAAGGCGACUGCGCUUGAGACGUUCAUCGCCGAGCGCCUCAACUCUUCGGCGCUCGACGCGGCUGUCACUUCGCUCGAACGGAAGGCCGGCGGGCUGAUGCUCUACGCGCGGCUCAUCGCGGAACAGCUCGCGUCCACGAGCGGCAAGAUCGACUUUGCGAGCGUCGGCGCGCUGCCGGCGGGCCUCGACGAGAUCUACGCGGAGAACUUUCGGCGUGUAUUCGUUGAUGAUGCCUCGUGGCGCGAAGCGCUGCCGCUCGUCGAAUUAAUCUGCGCUGCUGCAGAGCCGUUGACAAUUGACGCUGCGAGUGGUGCGCUGGGCUGGGACCGAGCGCUGUGCAAGAAGGUCUGUGACAGCGUGUCGCUGCUGUUUCCGCUGCGCGAGGGCGACGUGAUUGGUGUGCUACAUAAGACGGUGACCGACUGGCUGACCGGCGAGGCGCCGUUCGACAAGCGCUCUUCCAAGGACGCGUUCUUUGUUGCGCGGGACGCGGCGCAUCGGCGGCUGGCGCGGGCGUGCGCCCGGGCGGUUCGUGCUGGGGUUCUGGAUACGGAGUCGUACUCGAGCGACGCGGCCGCGGAUGAGGUGCUGGCUUCAUUUGUGGAGGGCGAGGGUGGUCCGACGUCGGAUGCCUAUGCGUUGCGUUGGUGUUUGUUUCACAUGAAGCGGUCUUGCUCUGAAGGUGAGGCCGUCGCGGUCACCUGCAGUCUCUCGUACGUGCAGAAGCGGGUCAAGGGCGGCGACAUUGUUUCCUUCGUGGCGGACCUGAACGUUCUUCAGGGUCAGGACACGCUGUUGCUGUCCGACUCCUUGGUGUGGUCGCGGACGGCGCUGUCGCAGGGCGCGGCGCUCGUCGAUCAGCUCUGGCAGCGGCUGAUGCCGCGCGCCGAUGCGGAGUCGUCUCCUGCCGCGCGCCGCCUGGCCGACGAUGCGAAAGGGGUCGCGAGCAAGCUGCCGCUCUCGGCCGUGCGACCGAUGGGUCUGACGGCGGCGGGUGGGGCGGAGCGGUGUCGGUUCGAGGUUAGUGCUUAUUGCUUGGCGACGUUCGUGGAUCCGGCGACGGGCGAGCCGCGGGUUGCUUGUGGAAAAAACUGCUAUGGGGUAAGAAGCGAAGUGCGCAUCUACGAUCCGGUCGCGGGUGGCGCGGCGCUGGUCGUGAUUGAUCUGGGCUCUACUGUGUCUGCGCUGGCGGUCUUCAAAGACCCGGCGACGGGUGAGCAGCGUUUGGCUUGUGGAUGUGGUGAUAGGAAGGUGCGUAUAUUCGACCCGGUUGCGGGCGGCGAGGCGCUGCUCGUGCUCGACAUUGGCUCGGAGGUGUGGGCGCUGGCGGUCUUCACGGACAAGACGGGAGCACAGCGGCUCGCGUGCGGAUCUGAGGACAGGGAUAGAAAAGUGCACGUCUUCGACCCGGUCGUGGGCGGUGAAGCUCUGGUUGUGCUUGAAGUGGGCGCGGGAGUGAGUGCGUUGGAAGUCUUCAAAGACCCGGCGACGGGUGCGCCACGACUCGCGUGCGCGUCGCGCCUGAGAAAGAAGGUGCUUAGCUUCGACCCGGCUGCGGGCGGCGACGCGCUGCUCCUGCUAGAUAUUGGUUCUGAAGUGUGGGCGCUGGCGGUCUUCAAGGAACCAGCGACGGGCGCGCCGAGGCUCGCGUGCGGUUGUGACGAUGGGAAGGUGCGCGUCUUCGAUGCGGUUUCUGGCGGUGAAGCGCUGCUCGUGCUCGACGCUGGCGACGAAGCGAGAGCUUUGGUCGCAUUCGAGGACCUGGCGACGGGCGCGCUGCGGCUCGCAUGUGGGGAUGGGUACCCAGGCAAUAAGGUGCGCGUCUUCGACCCGGUCGCGGGCGGCGAGGCGCUGGUCGUGCUCGAGGGGCACACAGGACCUAUAAGCGCUUUGACAGCCUUCACGGACCCGGCGAUGGGCGAGCCGCGGCUCGUGAGCGGAUCGUGUUACGACAAUACUGUGCGAGUCUGGAACCCGGCGGCGGGCGGCGCAGCGAUCGAGCCGAAGCUCGAUGGGCACUCUGAUAAUGUGGAGCACCUAGUGACCUUUGUGGAUCCGGCGACGGGCGCGCUGCGGGUCGCGACUGGGUCGGAGGAUGGGACUGUUCGGGCAUGGGACGCGGAGACCGGUAAUGUGCUGCUCGUGAUCGACGUCGGCUCGAAGUUGAAAGCUCUAGCGUUCUUUCUGGACCCGGCGACGGGCGCGCCGCGGCUUGCUUGUGGAGUGAAUAUUGCAGAUUCAGACUCAGACUCAGACUCAGACUCAGGGCCUUCUGGAGAAGUGCGUGUCUUCGACCCGGUCGCGGGCGGUGAGGCGCUGCUCGUGCUCGAGGUUGACUCGAACGUGUAUGCGCUGGCGUUCUUCACGGACCCGGCGACGGGCAAGCCGCGGCUCGCGUGCGCAGCAGGCGAACGGGUGCGCGUCUUUGACCCGGUCGCUGGUGGUGAAGCGCUGGUUGUAAUCGAACAUGGCUCGAUUUGUUUAUUCUCGCUGGCGCUCUUCGCAGACCCUGCGACUGGUGAAUUGCGAAUAGCUUGUGGUUGCGAUUCGGGGUGGUUGCGCAUCUUCAACCUGGUCGCGGGCGGCGAGGCUUUGGCCGUACUCGAGGGGCAUACGGACGAGGUGUCGGCAUUGACUGUUUUCGAAGACCAGGCGACCGGCGGACUUCGCCUCGCGAGCGGCUGCAGAGACAAUGUGCGCGUCUUUGACCUGGCCGCGGGCGGCGCGGCGCUGUUCGUGCUCGAGGCGGGCGAUGUGAACGCGCUGACGGCCUACGCGGACCCGGCGACGGGCGAGCCGCGGCUCGCGAGCUUGUCGAGUGACAAGACCUUGCGGGUGUGGGACGCGAACAAGGGCGGUGCGGCGCUGGUGGUGGUCGCUUUUGAAGAUGAGGUUAAGGCCUUGGCUGUCAGGGGCGACGGGCUCUUCGUGGCUUUCGGGAAGCAAUGGGGGGAGUUGCGCAUCGAGAGCGGCACGACGCCACUGACGCUAGCAUGCUAUCAGGGUGACGUCGCCGCAAUACGCGAUCUUCUUCAGAAGGGCGCUGGCGUCGAUCAGGAAGAUAGUGACGGGUAUACGCCUCUGUUCGUUGUGAGUUUGAAAGGGCACGUCGACGCGGCGCGCGUGCUGCUCGAUGCGGGCGCCGCGAUCGAUAAGCGGCGUGCGGGUGAUUGGUCGCCGGUUGGGAUUGCGUGCGCCCUUGGGCACGUCGACGUGGCGACGCUGUUGCUAGACCGAGGUGCAGCUGUCGAUUUGUGCUUGGAUGGGGCGACGCCGCUUCUGUUCGCUUAUCGCAACCAGAACCUCGAUAUAAUGCAGUUAUGUCUCGAGCGCGGCGCCGAUGUGAAUUUGGCCGACAAAGAGGGGACAACAGUUCUGUACGUCGCCUGCGAGGAGGGCCACGUCGACGCGGCGCAGCUGUUUUUGGACAAAAGGGCGGACACCAAUCGGGCGAGGGAGGGCGGCCAGACGCCGCUGUGGGUCGCCUGCCACAACGGCCACGUUGACGCGGCGCGGCUGCUGUUGGACAAUGGCGCGGAGGUCGACCGGGCGACGGAGAACGGCGAGACGCCGCUGUACGUUGCCUGCGAGAAGGGCCACGUCGACGCGGCGCGGCUGCUGCUGGAGAAAGGUGCUGAGGUCAAUCGGGCAACAUCAGGGUGGAGGACGAAAGGCCAGACGCCGCUGUACAUCGCCUGCCUGAACGGCCACGUCGACGCGGCGCGACUGUUGCUGGAUAAAGGCGCCGAUGUGCACAAGGCCUCGAACAAUAAUCAAACGCCACUGCACACGGCCUCCUACAGAGGUCACAUCGACGCCGUUCGACUGUUAUUAGCGAAUGGCGCUACUGCUGAUAUCGACCGCGAGGACGAAUACGGCGACACGCCCUUGGCGGAUGCGGAAAAUGAAGAUCAUUCAGACAUCGUCGCGCUCCUCGAGGAGCAUCAGAAGUGA